AUGGAGAAUUAAAAAUAUUAACUAUUAAGUCAAUACACUGAGGACCUAUUAAAAACGAACAUAUAGUUUAAAAAUUAAAUAGGUGUAAAUAACUUCUAUCCUUAUUUAGUGCAUCAAUAUUAAACAGUAUAGGUAGGAUUAUAAAUUUAAAUGAAUUAAAUUAAAUAAUAAUAAUAACACUUUUUGAACAUCUUAAGGUAGUAUUAGGAAAGGUUAGUAGAAUUGACUAAUAAGAAUGAAAGUAAAACUCACUUGAUCAUUGAAUUACUGAAUAAGGAAGAGUUAUUGCAAUAGCAAAUUAAAUAGAUGCAAACAACAAUAGAUAGACUAACAGAAGAAAAUAAUACACUGAAGACAGACAUGUUGCCUUAUGGGUCAAUUAGUGAAGUUAAAUAAUUAGUUGAAUAAUUUAAAUAAAUACAUGCUGAAUUAUCUCAGUGA